AUGAAGGAAGAGGUGGCCAUUGUGGGCCUUGGACUCUAUGGCGCGACGACGGCGCUCGUCGUGGGGCUUCUUGUGUGGCUCUACUCGUACCGGUGCUGCUCCGAAUGGAAUAGCCACGCCCGCCGCCUGCCCUGCUUCUCGCCCAAGAACCUGUUCUUCUUCAUUAUCUUUUCCUUCCUGCUGUGCCGGCUGGCAUGGCUCGCGGUGGACGGGUGGAGUCCAGAGCACGUCUCCGACUACAUUCUCAAUCGGGUGGCCUUCGCUCUCUUCUUCACCGCCUUCACGCUCGUCAUCUUCUUCUGGGCCGACACGUUGCACGCGAUGCGCAAUACAUCCGAGCAGCGGGAGGGCGUGUACGACAUCGGAUUCUUCCGAUCGUGGAAAGCCCGCGCGGCCUUCAUCGCGGUCAAUGGGUUCAUCUACCUGGGCCAGGUGGCCUUCAUCGUUGUCUUCAUCGUUGUAGACGACCACAAGCGAGAAGGGAGGCACGCGUACAACGUGAACGUGCUGUCGGUGGUGGCGGUGUUCGGGCUCGUGUGCGUGGCAUUCCUGGGCUACGGCAUCGGCCUCCUCGUCGUCACGCGCCGGGCCAUGAACACCCGGCGCAAGCUCAAGUUCUACCUCCAGACGGUGGUGAUCACGGUGGUGCUGGUGGUGUGCUUCUGCGCGCGGUUCGCCAUGUUCCUGUAUCGGCCCAUCGCGGACGACUACACGGACCCGUGGGUGUUCGCCGCGCUGGCCUACUGGGUGCCGGAGCUGGUCCCCACGGUGCUGAUGGCCGUCGUGCUGAGCCUUUCGCUCCGCCGGCAGAUGGUCCUCCGCUACCACACGGAGCGACUCAGUACCUACAGCCGCUUCGCCGCCAAGGGCCUCGCCGAGCCCCUCCUCACCCACGACAGCGACGACGACGACUUGAUCAUCGACGCCGCCCUGUCCGCGCCCGUCUCCGACUACGACUCUGACUACGACGACCACCGCUACGCCAUCAACUCGUCGUGA